AUGGACAAACGAUCUGCGCUCCUUGUUCUCGCUGGGCUUGUGCUCACCAGUGCGGUUGCGGUGCCUCGACACGCUAAGCUGGUGUCAGAGAUCGAGGUAGAGACUCAAAGAUACGAUUUUAUUAUCGCUGGAGGCGGUGUAGCCGGUCUUACGGUGGCCGAUAGAUUGACUGAAGUUCGGGAUGCAGUAAAUGUUCUGGUCAUUGAGGCCGGACCGGUUGAUUUGGGGCAGGAUUUUAUAUAUGUUCCUGGCGCAUAUAACAGAACUCUAUAUUCCUGGCCCAACUUGAUAUCAGAACCGGAAGAGGAAUUGAAUGACCAAGUUUUUCCUGCCGUUUGUGCCAGGGUCACCGGGGGUGGCAGCACAAUCAAUGCGAUGAUAUUUCUCAGAGGUGCUGCUGCCGACUAUGAUGGCUGGGAAUCACUUGGUAAUGGUGGAUGGGGGUGGGAGGACAUGCUGCCUUACUUUAUCAAGAGCGAAAACUUCACCUACCCAACUACGGAAUUGGCGCAUGAAGGAAACAUUACCUGGGAUGACUCUGUUCGUGGCCAUCAUGGACCGGUGCAAUACUCGUACCCUAAUUACAUUUACCCUGGACUAGGCGCAUGGUAUGAAGCUGCCAGGCACAUCGGAAUGCAGCCAAGGUUGGACCCUAAUGCGGGAGCCAACACUGGUGUCUUUAAUCCACCUUUCGCUUUGAAUGCAACCACCUGGACUCGAAGCUCAGCUAAGCGAAAUCACUAUGACAGAGGCGUUACUCGUCCGAACUACCACUUCCUCGCUAAUACAACCGUGGCAAGGGUCAUCUUUGAUGGAACACAGGCAACUGGUGUUGAAUAUCUUCCAACCGCGGGUGGUAGGAUCUCUCGCGUCUUCGCUUCCCGGGAGGUUCUUGUCGCAGCUGGCGCUCUUCACACCCCGCAGAUUCUCCAGCUCUCCGGAGUCGGACCUCGCAACUUGCUCAACUCAUUGGAUAUUCCAGUGGUGUCAGAUCUUCCCGGAGUUGGAUCGAAUUUGCAGGAUCAAACGACAUUCCCUGUUCAAUAUACCUGGGCUCACAGUAUCACUCCCAAUGUCACGACGUUUCUUACCAACGCUACCUGGGCAGCCGAGCAACUCGUCCUCUAUGACCAUCAUUUGCCAAGCGUCUGGUCUGUCACCCGGUACCUUGCACCCAAAUUUGGCUUCAUGUCCUAUGACGACGUUACCUCCGGAACACCAUAUGAGCAAAUUCUCGCCAAUGCUGAAGCACGGGAUCCCGCCGACUCUCUUCCACCUGGCGUUGAUCCCACCAUCCUAGCGGGCUACACUGCGCAGCGAGAGCUUAUGUUCGACGAAUUUCGACAACCCGAGAUGGGCAUCGGCUCGUUGGGUUGGGACACCGACACCAGCGUGCAAAUUUUCUCCGUCAAACCGUUUAGUCGAGGGUCUGUCCAUAUCAACCAGACAGACCCGCUAGCUAACCCUCUCAUCAACUUCCGCACCGCGACUGAUCCAACCGACUUUGAGAUCCUCACGGCGCUCUUCCGCAAACAACGUGAGCUGUUUGAGGCACCAUCGAUUGCCGCACUCGGGCCCACGGAGCGGGUUCCGGGGCCCUCUGUGCAAACCGAUGACGAGGUGGUUGCCACUAUGAGAGACAUUCUCCAGCCAUCCAACGCGCAUGAAUGCUGCACGGCUCCAAUGAUGCCACGCGAGCUUGGCGGGGUCUUGUCGCCUGAGAUGAAGGUGUACGGAACGUCUCGGCUCCGGGUGAUUGAUAUCAGCUACUGGCCAAAAGCUCUAUCUGGGCCUCCCAUGGCGACAAUGUACGCUUCAGGCGAGAAGGUUGCGGAUAUGAUCAAGGCUGAAUACGGCUGGUCUACGGAGUAA